AUGCUCGCAUUCGAAAGAUAUCCCCCUAUUAAUCCGCGAGACUUUAUUGUCCAAGCAUAUCCUAAUACUAUGGACAUCUGUAACGCGGACCUUGCCGUCACUGACACGCCUGUCCUCGGUGAAAGCUACCUCUACAAUUGGUGUCUUGGAGAUCCAGUUUUGAAAAGUGCCUGUCCUACCCCUCUGUGGACUUCCCCCUCCCCCCCCGGAUAGGACUACUCUCCACGGUACCGAGUGAUGUUUCGGACAAGCUUAUCGAGGCUGUAAAUGAGGAUAAAUGCUCAAGUUGUGAGAGAGGGAACAUUGUCGGAAAGAGCGUCAAUUAUUCGAUCCAUGAGUUCCUGCGGUAAUCUAGGUGUCGAAAACUGCACGUUGUAGGGUAGGGUUAGGUUGUAAGGUGGUCAUGGUGGUCAUGGACAAAGUUCUGG